AUGGAUGAUUUGAAGCCCGGUGAGUGUAAGGAGGAAGAAAAGGAGAGUCUUGAGGAUUGGAAGCUUCUCCUUAUGUUCAUGAUACUUGGUUUCAUUGCUCUGGCUCCAUGGAACUUCGUCCUCACUGAGCUAGUCUACUUGAAUGAUAAGUUCGAGCAUCAGUUCAGUUCAAACGUCUCCAUCUACUACGGUCUGUCUGUCAAUGUGGCCGAACUGUUGCUCAUCUUUAUUGGCAACAAGUUCGCUUUUGCUCCCCGUAUGGAUUUUGGAUGUAUACUGCUUGCCUCAUUCAAUAUUGCCCUGGCCCUUGUAGCUAUGUUCAUUGGUAAUGAUGAUCCUCUUGAAAACCCUGGUCUCGGUUUUGGUCUUGGGUUGGUGUGCACCUUUAUGCUUGGUUUUGGUCACUCUUUCAUCGAAUCGUGUGCCUUUGGUUUGGCAGCACUUGGCUCUCAGGCUUGCAUGAAUUGGGGUAUGAUUGGUGAAGGUGUUGCUGGUCUCAUUGGAUGGCCUAUUAAUAUCUUGAUCAACUACAUCCUUAUAUCAUGUGGAGUUGAGCGUUAUGCUGAAUGGAGAUGCUUUAUAUUCUUCCUAGUCACUACUGUCUUAACCAUUCUCUGUAUCCCUAUGUUCCAUUAUGGUAUGAUGAAGCAUCCCUACAUGAAACAGGUUAUGGAGAUGGAAGCUAAGCGUAAGGCUGGUGGACUCAAGCAACGACAGACCAAGAGACCGGUCUACAGGAUCCUUAUGGAUAUCGCUGUCCCUGCAUUUGUGGUUUGGUGUGCUCUUACUAUUACCUUUGUUGUCUUCCCAUCCCAAGUUACUCAGUUUACUAGUG